AUGUCUAUCAGGCCAGCCACACACGCAGGGUCGUGGUACCUGUCGAACCCCACGAGGUUGUCGCAGCAGCUAUCGAAGUUCCUUAAUGACGCCACGACCGAGCACGGAGGGGUCCAGCGCGGGACGCGGGCCAUAAUUUCCCCGCACGCAGGCUACAGCUACUGCGGCGAGACAAUGGCGAAGUGCUAUGCGAAGCUCGACGUGAACAAGGACACGAAACGCGUGUUUGUUCUAGGGCCCAGCCACCACUUCCACUUCCGAAAUAUUGCGCUUGUGUCGCGGUACACAGCUCUUGAGACGCCGCUUGGGAACCUCCAGGUAGACGAAGAGACGGUGUCGAAGCUGCUAGGGCAUGCGCGUCUGUUCAGGCCUCUCGAUUAUGAUGAUGAUCAAAAAGAGCACUCACUGGAGAUGCAGUACCCCAUGCUACAUGAAACACUCUUGCAGCGCGGGGUGCGGCCGUCUGACGUGAAGAUUGUACCGAUCCUGAUUUCGUACAACUCCACAGAAGUGGACUACGCCAUCGGAAAGAUAUUGAUCGAAUAUCUACAGUGCGACGACACCGCUGUAAUCGUAAGCUCUGACUUUUGUCACUGGGGACGUCGCUUCGGGUACACUGGAUACGUCAGCUCGGUGGAAGAUAUUCAAGACGCCGUUGCCGAUGGCACCGAGAUCGAGACCUUAACCACAAGAAGCAAAAUGGACCACCAUAGUAUACAAAUCUACAAGAGCAUUGAACUUUUGGAUCGAUACGCAAUGGACAUUUUGGGCCAAAUGGCUGACUCCAGAGAAAAGUACCAGAUUUGGAAAGAUUACCUCGAGGUAACGGGUAAUACUAUUUGCGGGGAAAAACCGAUUGGUGUGCUCCUCUGUGCGUUCAGUUACGUGAAUACCCCGUUAUCCUUUCAUUGGUGCGGUUAUUCUCAAAGUAGCGAAGUGAAGUCUCUGGAAGAUAGUAGCGUUUCUUAUGCUGCAGGCUACUGCAUCUUCUAG